AUGGAGGUCGCACUCGAUUCAUCAGCAACUGGGCCUUGCGAAGUUUCCGGUGCCAAACUCGUCCCAGCCGGUGAGCGACUUGGCGGGCUGCUGCUCGAAGGGAACAUCGCCGGCGACUCUGCCGGUGUCGCAGAAGUGGAAGGAACACUGGCACCGGCGGAUGGAACCUCUGCAGUGGCCGGAACUGGAGAACUCGCCGGGCUUCCAGAUGGAGAUGAUGCAGGCGGUGACACUGCCGGAGCAUUUACCGGGGAUUCGGCCGACGGAGAAAGAGAUGGGACCGGUGCAGACGCACUGGACGACGGAGUGGGCGCUGGAGAAAGUGGAGCGCUCGCUGCCGGAGACUGUACCGGAGAAGCAGACGGGCUGGCUCUGGGAGAAGCUGCCGGAGACUGUACCGGGGAAGCAGACGGGCUGGUUUUGGGAGAAGCCGCAGGGAUUGUCGGAGGAAUCUUCGGAGAUGGAGAAGGAACCGGGGAUGCAUGA